AUGGCCGAAUCCAAUGGUGACGUGAAGACUAGUAAAGAUGCCCCAAACACUAAAAGCAACAAUGAUAAUGCUUCGCCCUUGACCAACGGCACAAACGGUCACUCACACGACCAUGAGCACGAGCACGAGCACGAUCACCAGCAUGAUGAGAAUACUGCUGCCCUCUUCCAGGUCUCUGUCAAGCUGCCUCACCAGCCAUAUACCAUGCAAAUCACUGUCACAAGUCAAGAGCAGGUUCAAGACGUCCGACAGUCCAUUGUCGAAACCCCUGAUACCUUCCAGUACACUUGCUUCCACCUAGAGCACAAUGGCCAGCGCAUCAACGACUUUGUCGAGCUAUCCGAGGUCAAAGACCUCAAGCCUGAUGACGAAUUAACCUUGGUUGAGGAUCCCUACACCGAGAAGGAAGCAAGAUUACAUGUUGUGCGCAUUCGAGAAUUGAUUGGUGCCACAGGCGAUCGCUCCGAUAAUUUGCACGGAAUCUCCGCAGGUCUGUCUCUGCACGAUGAAAAGUUUGGUUCCGCUCUAGCACCAGCGCCAAAGUCGGAAGAUAAUCCUUUACUGGGCUACGAGACCGACGGGCGUCCGUCGCUGAAUGCCAUUCUCCCCGCCCAUCUAGACAAUCUGCCCAAGACCAUCAAAAGCCUGUCCGUCUCACAAUGGAACCCCCCUCCAUACCACUUGCGACAACGUGGUCAUCUGCUAUAUCUGCAACUGACUACCAAUGAGGGCGAGCAGUUCCACCUGACCUCUACUCUUGCCGGUUUCUAUGUCAAUAAAUCUUCUAGUAACAAAUUUGAUCCCACUCCUCGCCUGGCACCCAAGAACCACAGCGCACAUUCGCUCUUGUCCUUGAUCUCCACUCUAUCUCCUUCCUUCAACGACGCUUUCCUCGAGCUGCAGAAACUAAAUGGUCAGAAAGAUCUCCUCACCACCUUUCCCUUCCAGAAUGCCAUCCCUGCCAAUCCCUGGCUGGUCUCCCUUGCAGCCAUUCAAGGGUCUCAACAUCAAGCAGACCCCACAAGAGCGCAGGAAGCAUAUCUAAUUGGCGGAGCUGAUGGUGCAGAGAACCUUCGCGACUGGAACGAAGAGUUUCAGACAACUCGGGAAUUGCCCCGGGAGACAUUGCAAGAUCGUGUCUUCCGCGAACGCCUGACCUCAAAAUUGUUCGCUGACUACAACGAUGCUGCCGCUCGAGGUGCAGUCCUCGUCGCUCGUGGAGAAGUUGCUCCCCUAAACCCAACAGAGGGGAGGGAUGCACAGAUCUUCAUCUACAACAACAUCUUCUACUCAUUUGGCGCAGAUGGCGUCCAAACGUUUGCCAGCGAAGGUGGAGAUGAAGCUGCCAGAGUGGCUGUUGGCAAAGAUGUUGCUGGUGUCAAAGCUGUCAACCAGCUUGAUAUCAAUGGUCUAUUCACCCCCGGUACUGUGGUAGUGGACUAUCUUGGCAAGCGUAUCGUGGGCCAAAGCAUAGUUCCGGGCAUCUUCAAACAACGCGAGCCAGGGGAGCACCAGAUUGAUUAUGGUGGUGUUGAAGGACGGGACAUUGUGACCGAAAAUGAAGCAUUUGUUCCUGUCUUUGAGAAGUUGUCCAAAUCUCUCCACGUCAAAAAACAUGCUGUAUGGGACAAGGAAGGCAAGCGCCACGAUCUGGAAGGUAGCGUUGAGACCAAGGGCUUGUUGGGCACUGAUGGCCGCAAGUAUGUCUUGGAUCUCUACCGCAUUACUCCCCUUGAUGCUGCCUGGUCGGAAGAGGUUGAGGCAGAAACAGACGAUGAGAAAUACCCACAUCGCAUGUCUGUGCUGAGACUAGAAUUGGUGGAGGCGUAUUGGCGUACCAAAAUGCAAGAAUACGUCCGCACGGAGGUGGAGAAACGCCGUGCGAACAAGACCAAUGGUGACGCAGAGAAAUCUGCAUCGACCGACGAGACGAAAACCAAUGGCCAUAGCGAGGAGACAAAAGACGCCGACAAGGAUGAGGGCGAGGAUAAAUCUACAUCCAAACCGGCCCCGGCACUCGACCAGGAGCGCGUGGAUAUUUCAAACUUCAACCUGGCUCUUAAUCCUGAUGUGUGCAGCGGUCAAGUGCCACAGACGGACGAAGAGAAGGAGAUCUAUGCAGGCGAUGAGAAGGAAGUCCGAGCUGUUUCCGAAUUCCUCCGAAAUAAGGUCAUUCCUGAUUUGAUCACGGAUCUACACGACGGUGAUGUAGGCUAUCCCAUGGAUGGACAAUCUCUCUGCCAAUUGAUCCACAAGCGUGGUAUCAAUAUCAGAUACCUCGGACGCCUCGCAAAGGCUGCCGCCGAAAAGGGAAGCCGCCUGCAGGCAUUCUCAGUGGUCCUUCUUCAAGAAAUGGUUGCCCGGUCGAUUAAGCACAUUCUCAAUGGCUACUUGCGUCAUCUCCCUGCCGUUUUUGCGGGCUCGGCAAUCGCCCAUCUUCUGAAUGCUAUCCUGGGUGCGGGUCUGAACUCCAAUCCCCGUCCUGAUAUUGAUGAGGAUUUGAGGGCCUUUUACCCUGAAGGUGACUUUUCUUUUGAGAAGGUCAAUCCCACGAGUGUCAAAGCGGCAAUCGAGAAGCAAGUCAAGUUGAGAUACCGAUAUACUCUUCCCAGUGACUGGCAAUCACUACUUCAACCUCUUCCUCUACUUCGUGAGAUUUGCCUUAAGCUGGGUCUGCAGCUUGCAGCCCGGGAUUACUCUUUUAGCAAAGGAGUCGAGUUCGCCCUUGAUGUUUCUCCCGCAAGGAGUGCCCAUUCCAGUAAUGGCACUCAGUCGGACGAAGGCAACAAGAAAAAGAAGAAGAAGGGCGGUGAACAAGUUCAGGCACCUGUUGCCACCAAACCAAGCACCACGUUUACGGCAGAGGAUAUACUGAACAUUGCACCAAUUGUCAAGGACGCAGCACCAAGAAGUGCUUUGGCGGAAGAGGCAUUGGAGGCCGGCAAGAUUUCCUUGGCUCAAGGUCAAAAGCAACUUGGCCAAGAAUUGGUGUUGGAAUCUCUGUCUCUUCACGAGCAGAUAUAUGGCAUCUUACAUCCGGAGGUUGCAAAGAUGUAUCAAUCUCUGUCAACCAUCUACUACCAGACGGACGAAAAGGAGGCCGCGGUAGAACUUGCUCGCAAGGCUGUCAUUGUCACAGAGCGGACACUGGGGGUUGAUUCACACGACGCGAUUCUAGCGUACCUCAACCUAUCACUCUUUGAACAUCACGUCGGGAAUACUCGACAGGCUUUGAAAUAUGUCAGACACGCACUCGAUGUGUGGAAGGUCAUUUUUGGACCCAAUCAUCCCGAUUCCAUCACCACCAUGAACAAUGCCGCAGUGAUGCUUCAGUCGUUGAAGGAGUACUCUGAGUCUCGCAAAUGGUUUGAGGCUUGCUACACGAUCUGCGGAGGAUUGUUUGGCCCACAAUCCAUCAAUGCGGCAACGAUUUUGUUCCAGUUGGCGCAGGCGCUAGCUCUGGAUGGUGAUGCCAAGGCUGCAGUGAUCAAAAUGCGUGAUGCUUACAACAUCUUUUUGACCGAGUUGGGACCGACUGACAGGAACACCAAGGAGGCAGAAAGUUGGUUGGAACAAUUGACACAAAACGCUGUGUCGAUCGCCAAACAAGCCAAGCUACUGCAAGGUCGUCGAAUCGGUGGGAUUCGUCAACUUCCCCGUAUGGGUCUAGGAACGAGACUGCAACCACAGAGUGCCAACGCUGUGGCACCAGAUGCAUCUGCCAGGACGGCAGCAAUAGAGCCCAACUUGAGGACUGGUACUGGAAACGCUGCCUUGGAUCACAGGAGUAUUGAUGAGCUGUUGAAGUUUAUCGAAGGUGCAGAAACGGGCAACAGCCCACGAACGAAGAAGAAGAAGUCACUCAACCCCAAGGCUAGAGGAUCCAGGAAGGCGGCGGUUGCGUGA